UAUUGACGUAGCUAAAAAGUUUGGAAAUACAUAAUUUAUUUAUUUUAAUUUAAAAUAUUACUUUAUAGCAAAUAUAUUUCUCUAAUUGUGUGCCAUAACUCUGUACAUAAAAUGCUUUCUUCUAUGGUAAAAGAACAUGAGUCUAGAAAAGAAAUUAAAAAAGAAGAGCAAGAGAUUCGAAGGAAAGAUGCCCUCGAUGCUUCAAGAGAACUUACCCAAGCAUUAGUCGAUCAUUUAAAUGUUGGUGUAGCUCAAGCUUAUCUAAAUCAAAAACGAUUAGACGCAGAGGCUAAGCAAUUACAAAUUGGAGCAACAAACUUUGCUAAACAAACACAGCAAUGGCUGCAUUUGAUUGAUAAUUUUACGACAGCUUUAAAGGAAUUAGGUGAUGUAGAAAAUUGGGCUAAAAGUAUAGAAAAUGACAUGCACGUUAUAACAGAUUGUUUAGAAAUAGCAUAUAAAAAAGUAAGACAGCCUGUGCCGGCCAUUAGUGGAGCUGAGUCUGUAGAAGCUGGAGCAAAUGCAUCUGGUAAUCCUAGUGGGAGCUCCAACUAUUCUGGAAUUUCAUAAAUUUUAUAUAUUUUUAUUGUUAUUAUAUAAUUAAUGCUCUUAUUUACCUAUAUAUGUAUACAUAUUUAACUUAUUAUUUAAAUUUAAGGAAAAUAAAAUUGAUUUGAAAUAU